AUGGACUCUUAUGGUCCAUCCAUACUGGCAACAACAAUCAUUUUCCUCAUUCUCGGUGUUUUUGUUGUCUCACUCCGUUACUAUACUCGAGUGGUAAUUCGAAAUACCAUUGGCCAUGAUGAUUUUCUUAUUCUCUUAUCUCUCGGCCUUUAUAUCGUGAUGGCAUCACUACUCUUCGUUGGCGUUCAACGAGGCAUCGGUCAACACAAGAAGGAAAUGAAGACGGAUGACAUUGUUGAAAGCUCGAAGUACGUCUGGCUCACGGUCUUAAUUUACAUAAAUGCUGUUACGGUGGUCAAAGCUUCCUAUGCCACAUGUCUCCUGCGUCUCACUGAGGCCAGCCCUUGCGCAUACGCUCUUUGGGCUGGACUAUCAAUCAACGUUAUCAUAUGCUUCAUAGCAAGCUUUUACCUGAUUUUCAAUUGUCAGCCAAUUUCAUACGCUUGGAAGCAGGGCGACUCGAGCGUGGAUGGUUAUUGCAAUUACGACUCAGCAGAUGCUCUAGGUUAUGCAUGGGCCGGACUCUCUCUAGCGCUAUAUCUCCUCUUCACCCUAAUUCCGGUCGCAUUAGUUUGGAAUAUGCAAAUGCACAUAAAGACGAAGACAUUCGUUGUCACUGUCCUGGGAUUAGGAUUGUUCGCUGGUGUUGCUUGUGCUGUACGAAUCGGAGUAUUCGCUGUGGACUUGGAUUAUACAGAUCCUCUUUAUUCAAUAUCUCCAAUGCUCAUUUGGUCUGUAGUUGAAGCUGGUUUGGGAAUCGUGGCAAGCUGCAUCGCAACAUUACGACCUCUCCUUCGGCACUACAACAUUCAAGACCUAGAGGAGAUUGAACUCGAAGACGAGGUCGGACACGGUGAGGGUGGACGAGAACAAGGUCAACGGGCAUACAAAAUGUCAACAGUAUCCCAAAUCCUUGCCAAAUUUAUAGGUCAUGGUGCACAUACCGUGACCGUCAUUCACCAAGGAAGUGAAGCUACGAUUCCCGCGAAUGGUCAAAUCAAGGAGAGAAGGACAUACAACAUCACUACUUUUCAGAGAAGUUCGGCGGAUAUGCAACACGAACGUGAAAUGCAAGGAGUUGCUGGCAAAGUUCCCGAGCCAGAUGACGUGAAUACCGGGGGUUGGUGA